AAAAUGGGUAAACGCUUGAAGUCCAACGCCAGAAAAAGCGCUGUAAACAAGCUUGUCAAAAAGACAGACAACAGAAUAAAAGAAGAACAAAGAGUCAUUAGAACACCGAAAGUAGAUGAACAAGAACUCAAAUUGGUCCGUGCUCCAAAAAUCUCAUCCGCUAUGUUUAUGAAAUACAAUACACAGCUGGGUCCACCAUUUCACGUUAUUGUCGAUACCAAUUUUGUGAAUUUCGCCGUCAAAAAUCGCAUUGACAUGUUUCAAGGAUUCAUGGAUUGUCUGUUCGCGAAAACUAUUGUGUACGCAACUGACUGUGUAUUGGCUGAAUUGGAAAAAGUGAGAAGAUUCAAAAUUGCUCUGAAAGUUCUGAAAGAUCCACGUGUGCAGAGACUGAAGUGUGAGCACAAAGGAACAUAUGCUGAUGAUUGUUUGGUUCAAAGAGUUACACAGCAUAAAUGCUAUAUUGUGGCCACUUGUGAUCGUGAUCUGAAGCGCCGCAUCCGAAAGAUCCCAGGAGUUCCGAUCAUGUACAUUGUCAAUCACAGAUUCUCCAUUGAGCGAAUGCCUGAUGCAUAUGGAGCUCCAAUGAACUAACCUUUUGAUGCUUCACGCGUACAAUCCUAAUCGAUACACCUUGGUGGCGAGAAAUGAAUGAAGAAUGAACACGACUGGCUUUGCGGAAUUUAGCAAAUCCAAUUCCUAAAUUUUUCAUUCAUUUAUGCUUCUUUUGUUUUGAAUAUUACUUGUUGAUCUGCUUUUAUUGUUUUGUUGCCUAUCCUUUUUUUUAUUCAAAAACUUUACACAAAAAAAAUCCGUUUUUUUUCUAUAAGUAUGAAAUUAAGGUUAAAAUAAAAUCCAUUUUUACCUGUUCACCAUGUGGUGGUCCAAAAUCGACCCAGAGAAAACGACCACCAUCAUCGCCGGUGGCGCGAAUCGUUUCAAACGAAUGUUGCCACAGUACCUGAAUUGUAAGCUUUAAGAAAAUGUAGCUUCUCUAAAUGUUAUAAAUCUUUGUUUUAAUCUA